AUGAUUUCAGUAUCACUUUGCCAUCGCAGGAACCAGGAUGUAGUGGAAUUGCUUCAUUCUGAAUGCGGAGGAUUCGCCGUGACAGGCAAAUAUUCGAACCGAUGGACCAUGAUGAGAAGGAGAAAAAAAAAAUUGCUCCAAUGGUUGUCCACGUGGUGCUGUGCUGUUGUUGGUCCCUGCGUAAAAGAUACAGGUCGGAUCUUGCGUAGCAAUUUUGUAGGAAAUGGGAUUGUGGCAGGGGGCGAAAUAAGGAUGCCUAAAUCUCGGGCAGGGUAUCUGAGACUUUGUGGCGCCGCGAAACCUGGGGAUAGGAUGGGAUGA